AUGCGGAUCCAUCUGCCCCAAAACGCACCUGGCGAGUACUCGUCGCUCUUCGCACGUCGCUCGUCAUUCUCGAUCUCCCAUCGCCUGCCGAGGAUAGCCACGAUUGAACCCUAACUGCGAGUGACACUUUGCCACUCAUUACCAUAGAGCUAUGCACUUGGUACCCCCGUGAUAAACACUGGUUCACUUGAAGUUCCUGAUUGAUACACGUUACCAGUUGGAAGCUUUUGGUUGGUUUAUCUAUAGGCUACUUGGCCCCAUCCUGCAGUAUGCCUGCAAUUAGAAGACUAUACGAGGUCUGUAAAGUAUCAUUCAACGGCAAGGGACCAAUAUCUGAAGAAGCUCUUGAACAUGUACGGUCUUGUUUAGAUGAUAUCAAUCCUUCUGAUGUGGGACUUGAAACUGAGGCUCAGAUAGCACGUGGGUGGACACUUUCCAUGCAAGGUCCAAAUGGAAGAAGAGUGCGUAAUGGAAGUAACCUGUGUCCACCUCCUAUCAAGUAUCUGCAUGUACACGAGUGUGAUGAGUUUUCUAUCGGGAUCUUCUGCAUGCCACCUUUGUCUGUUAUUCCGCUUCAUAAUCAUCCAGGGAUGACCGUGCUCAGCAAGGUUCUUUAUGGGACAAUGUUUGUCAAAUCAUAUGACUGGAUUGAUACUGAAGUACCAAUAGAUGCUUCCCAAGCUAGACCAACAAAGAUUGUCAGAGAUGGUCAGAUGACUGCGCCUUGUGGAACUACAAUUCUCUAUCCUACAAGCGGCGGCAACAUCCAUUCUUUCAAAGCGGUAACUCCUUCUGCUCUUUUCGAUGUUUUAUCGCCCCCCUAUUCAUCAAAAGAUGGACGAGAUUGCACUUACUUCAAGAAGUCAAGAAGAAAAUUUUCUGGUUCUUUGCCUGGUGGAAUUGAGGCUUCCGAAAUGACUUGGAUGGAAGAGUGUCAACCACCAGAAACCUUUAUUGUCCGAAGAGGGCCGUACAGGGGCCGGAUCGUCAACAAUGGAUAGCCCAAAUUCGCUAUCAUUUUGCUAUCAUUUUUCUAUCCGAUUAGCUCCUUUAACAGGGAGAAAAUCUGAGUUUGUAAUCUUCCACCUGCAGCAAUAUGAUAUAUUUUUUUUCUCUCAGAAUAACGAUUUCAAUAGAGAAUCUCGUACAUUACAUAGAGAUAUAUCUGAUAUAAUUUCCCUCAUCCUUCUUUAGUUAAAAGAAUGGAGUACUUCUGGGAAGGGAGGAGUCAAUGAUCUUUGUAUCAGGUGACUUCUAACUCUCCUUUCGUUGUUUCCUAUCACUCUAAGUACAUGCUCGACAAGUUACCAUGGAAAUAUGAACUUUAAGAUGAUAUGGUUUUUGACGUAGUUUGAUCCCUUCAACUCCUAUUGUUUUAUCCUGCAUUAGUGAAUAUCCAAAUCACAUUCACGUGUCUUUAUUUUGACCUAUUUUUUUUAUUUGAUUGAAGUUGGGGGUUAUUACAUCUAAUAGUCUGUGUUGCAUUAGUGAAAAUUAAUUUGACCUAAUUCUGGUUAGCUCGAUUUAACUGGACAUUCUAAUCUUUCAACAAGACGCUAGCGCCAUUUUUUUUUUUUUUUUUGGGAAAAGGAAAAAAUGAAUAAAUAUAGAAGAGAAUGCAUGGCUUGUAAAGGAAUCCCAGUGCAAUAUAUAAAUAAUUUGGCAACUCCACUAGGUAUCCCUAUCUUUUAUCUCUUUCUUUAAAGUCGAAGUAGGCUCCCUUGUCUUGUGGUCUCCCUUUUCAAAAGUCCAAGAGAAUCAUAAUGAUUUAUUAGUCAUAUCCCAUACAAAAGAAUUAUGAUUGGCAUGCUUUUACUUUAGAUACAUCUCCCCUGAGAUGAGGAUGAUCACUUGCUUGUAAAGUUACGUCUUUUAUGCUUGUACUUUUACUGGUUUUGUUACGUGGAUUGUGAUGCUCUUUUAUAACUUUUACUGAUCACUUUCUCUGGGAAGAGGGAGAUGAAGUAUAGCGUUAUGUAUAGAGACCGAGAGGUGAACAAACUCUCGACCUAUUUAUCUACCUGAACCUAGCCAUCUACGCUUUGUUUCCUCAUUUCCCUAACUGAAGAAGAAGAAGACGAGCAACGUGGAUACAAAGAGAGGAGGAAAAAAACACUAAGAGCAAGAUGAAUUUGCAAUCUACAAUUAAAUUGAUCUAAUAUGUAGGUACUGUGGUAAAAAACUAUCGACAAAUCCUCUCCCCUCUUCCUACCCAAUAGGUAAACUUGGCUGGAAAUCUUAUUGUGUCAAAAAUUUUCACUUUGCCAUUAUAUUUCCUCAUUUUAUAAUAUUUCACAAAACAGUGUUCAAUAAACAAGACAGACAAGUGCUUGAUUUUCUAAUUAAUGGUGAACUAAGAGAUAAUGAAUAGGUUAGCUUUAAAUAAUUUUCUUGUUAUAUUAAAUUGAUGGUGUGGGAUGGAGUUGGAUGAACCCUAGAAAAGGAAGAGGAGUUUUUUUUUUUUUUUAUAUAUCUAGGUAUAUGGGCUUUCGGUCUAAUUAGACUGGGAAUGGAUCACUUGGCCCCACAUACCGACCACCGGAUAAAUUCAAGAAGCACAGAUGAUUCUUGGCAAAGCACUCCGGUAAGAAGAUGUGUUUGGAAAUGCUCAAUGUAAGAUUUGAAUUUGGUUGCCUGGUACUGAGUCUUGUCUUCUUCCACCAUACCAUGUUCCGUGGGGCAAAAAGAAGAUGUGUUUGUUGUUUCUCAAAGUUUAAAGCAAGGCUAAUGAUUAAAAAAUGAGCCGGCCUCGUAGCCUUUUGCUUUUGUAAUUCAUAACAAUUUUUUUAUUUUUGCCUAACUUUUAAGAUGUUUCCAUUGACAAUGAAAAAGCUCAUACUUUUCUUUUCCUUGUAUUUGAAAAGCUCAUACUUUUCAAAUACAAGGAAAAGGAGGAAGAUGCCUUCUUGAAUAGUUUAAUCCCAUGUGGAAAAGUGAGCAUUUGAUUACGUCUGGGAAGGCAGUCUUCUUGAAAAGUUUAAUCCAAUGUGGAGAAGUGAGCAUUUGAUUACGCCUGCAGUAAUCUUUUUUUAUUUCCUUGAAAGAAUUCUUUGAUAUGAGAAUCUUCUUGUACUUAAUAAUUCCCAUUUUCUUUGACAUUGAUCUAAUGCAAAACGGUGAUAUGACAUCUUUUUAAUAAUUUUAGAAAUUAUUUAAUGAGAAAAUUUCAAACUGAUCUUGAAAGCUUGAGUUGUAGAUUUUUGCCCUUAUGGGAUCUCCAAUUAGUUAGAGGAUGAUAAACUUAUUACAAUGAAAUAAAGGAGAUGGGCACAUAUCUUUGUGAAAAAAAUUCUUCUCAUCUUUUGAUCAAGAUGCUUGUACCGUGGUAUGGUAAAGCAUGAUGCAUUAAACGUAUACAGUAGCCGCUCGUAAUUUACUUUUUCCGUGUUGGUCCUAUGACAAAUUGGUGGGAGCAUUGGGGAUGAACGUGUUUAUCUUUUGCCACAAUUAAUCGUAUACAGUAGUAACAUAAAAUCCCAUCCAUGCAUUAAAGUAUUAUGUUGGCAAAGAGUUGAUUUGGCUCGAUAUGUAAGUGUUGUAGUGGCUAGAGUUGCAUUGGGAAUUAGUAAAGAUGUUGUAUUACGUUGUGUUGUAUUAUCAAGUUGCAUUCAGAUCUAUGGUAACAAUAUUUAGUUUGUGUAGGUCUUCACUUAGCUUCAUUAGAUUUUAAAAAAACUAGUAUAUAUAUACAUUCUAUCUCAUUACAUUUUACUUGAGAUAUUAUUGGAGCUUUAAACUUAAAACAUUUAAUAAUGGAAUCUACAUGUGCCUUGGGCUAGCUAGCAUUAAUAUUAGACUUGCUUUUAUUGUCUAUUUAUGAUCAUGGUGAAAAAAUAGAUGUGACCUCGACUCCUCGAGAUAUAGGUAAAUUUUAAUUAUGAUUAACUAGCGUAGUAUUGAUUAUGAGAGAUUUUUAUAUUAGAAAUGAGAUUGUUUUUCUUUUUUAUGAAAACCUUUCCCCACUUUUAUUAGUUUUUUAGCGAAACUUUUUUUUUUUUUUUAAAUUUUUUGGGCUAAA